AUGUCAAACAACGCCGGAACCCCCGCUUUCGUAUACACGCCCGCGCCACUGACGGAUAAAGUACAUACAGCUGUGUACGAUGCUAUAGAUCCUUCAAAGCCUUCGCUUUCCCAAGCCGGGAGGACAGUUCUCAUCACCGGCGGAUCUGCUGGUAUUGGCUAUGCCAUUGCCGAGCACUUUGCUUUGGCUGGUGCGGAUAAGGUCAUCAUCACUGGUAGAGCUAGCCCAAAGCUGGACGACGCAAUAGCAAGACUGACUCGUGAUCACGGCGAUCGCGACACCAAGUUUGAGGGGGCAGUCUGUCAGAUGUUUGAUUCCAGCAGCAUCGAUCAGAUGUUUGACUCUUUCGGCGCAAAUGGUGUUCAUGUGGAUGUAUUGGUCCUCAACGCUGCUCACAUUGUUGAAGGGCCCUUGUCGGAUCAAGGCUGGGAAAAGACGUGGGAGCAGUUCGAGGUCAACACUCGCGCGCUACAUCAACUAUACGAUCGCCUGCAUAAGCAAGAACAGGCGAAAGGAAAGGUAUGA